AUGUCAGAAACUGAGCUGGGAAAGAUAAAAAUCAGAGCUGCAGAGAAUUUUGAAAAUGAUAAAAAUAAUAUUUCUUGGUUGAAUGAAGAACUAUCCAGUUCAAGCCAAAAUCCCCUUGAAGAUUCUGAUACUCAACUCACAAAUGAAAAGCACUCAGAUGAGAAAUCGGUUAAGGGCACCGUUAUAAAUUCAGUAUCCGAAUUCAAUAUUGCCGACGCACCAUCCAAGGAAGCCCCCAAUGAGAAAAAACUGUCAGCAUCCAGCACAUCACUAUCUUCUCCUGAAGAGUGCCAAACCAAAUUCUCAUACCUCCAAAACGAUACAUCAUUUCAUCAGAGAGACAAUGAUGAUGAAUGUGCCUCACUUAUCCUCACCUGUCUGUUUUGCCAGUUUUUGGAUUGUCUUCUAAUGCUGCCUGAUACUUGUGAAACUGUGUGCAUAAAUACGUGCUGCCCAUCACAUCGAUACCAUCAUGCCUCUGAUGAGAAUCACCCCAGAAAUGACUGCAAUUGCAAUUGUGACGUUGACUGUAGCCUGUUUGAAUCUUGCCAUGAGACAAGCGAAUGCUUAGAGCUGGCCAUGGAGAUUUCAGAAAUCUGUUACCGCUAA